AUGGCUCCCAAAAAGAAGGUGGGCAAGGGGGUCAAGGAGCCCGAGGGCAAGAAGAAGAAAGGGGGCAAGAAGGAUGCCACCGUGAGCCUCAAGCCCGUGGAGACGCCACUGUCGGAGGAGACGCGCGAGUUCUUCCUUAUCCAGAUCCGAGACCUGGAGGACCGACUAGCCCGAUACCAGCGGAAAUGGGACGAGCUGGCAGUGCAGGACAAGCUGUCCCGCCAAGAGUUUGAGCAGCUGGCCAACAGCAAGAAAGAGAUCGUGGCCUUCCUCAAGCGGACACUCAGCCAGCGGGUGGAUGAGAUCACGGACCUGAACGAGCAGCUGCAGAACCUGCAACUGGCCAAGGAACUGGAGAAGGACGCCUUUGAGGCCCAGCUGGCACAGGUGCGCCAUGAGUUCCAGGAGACCAAGGACCAGCUCACCACGGAGAACAUCGUCCUUGGGGGGAAGCUGGCAUCCCUGGAGGAAUUCCGACUGCAGAAGGAGGAGCUCACAGAGAAGUUUAUGGUGCUGGAGGACCAGCUGCGGAGGCAGGAGACCGAGUACCGGGACUCCAUGUACAAGUUGGAGAAGAAAUCGGUGCUGGACAAGGACAGACUGCAGAAAGAGAUCACCCAGCGGGUGAACCUGGUGGCCAGCGAGUUCCGCAGGACAGCCACCAAGCAGAUGUGGGAGACCACCAAGAGGGCCAUCCUAGAGAACAACAGCGUGACCCUGCAGCUGGCCAAGAUGUCCCGGCAGGGCAUGCACCUGCUGCAGGAGAAUGAGCGGCUGCGCGGCAGCCAGGGCGAGCUGGGCCAGCAGCUGCAGCUGCUGCAGGACGGCCACGAGACCAUGGCCAGGCGCAGCCGCGGCCACCAGAAGGUCAUCCUCAUGCUGAUGGAAAAGUGCCGCAAACAACAGGAGGACACGGCCGAGGUCCGGCAGCUGCGCCUCCUGCUGCGGCACCUGGAGCAGAACUUUGCGCAGCUGCAGAAGGACAUCGUGGCACUAAGGAGCCAGAAAGACCAGAUGGACGUGCAGCUGUCCCAGCAGAAGGGGGAGGCACAGCGGCUGCAGCAGGAGCUGAGCCAAGAGCAGGAGCUGCGGGCCAGGCUAGAGGUGAUCCUGGCCCGGGCCACGGCCUUCCUCCGGGACAUCCUACAGAUGCAAGCGGAAGGUGACGAUGGCGACUUUGAUGUGGUGUUCCAGCUGCAGCGCAAGGAGAUGCUGCAGCAGCUGCUGGCCCUGCUCAGCUCGGCCAUGGUCCACACUCCCCAGGUGGCAGUAUGCCGACGUCAGGAGGCCCAACCCCAUGGCAUGGCCCCAGGGAGCCGGCUCAGCAUCCAGCCACCCAGGGCGCAGGCCCUGCUGCAGCAACUGUCCAGCAUCACAGCCUACCGGCCGGGGGACCUGGGUCUGGUGCCUCGCCAGGUCCAUAUUCCCCCGAACCCACAGGACCUACGGAUGCUCUCCUACGUCACACGCAUGGGGACCUGCCGAGCGUACAGCAGCCCUGAAGUGAGCGUGCCAGGGGCCUCGGUCGGGUGUGAACAAGGGUUCUAUUAG